UAUAUUGCGUUAUAAAUCAAAUUAAACAUUAUUAUUCAAAAUGGAAGGUAAAUGGGAUCAAGCUGCUGGUAAAAUGAAGAAGGCUGCCGGAGAAAUGAUGGGCAAUGAAAGAAUGGCUGCUGAAGGUGCUGCUCAAGAUACUCAAGGUAAGGCCUGUGGUAUGGGUCAAUCCACUGGUGGCAAGAUGGAAGGCAUGAAGAACGAAACCAAGGGUACCGUUAACUCCAAUAUGAACAGCGCUACUGGUAAUACUACUGGUCAAAUGCGUGGUGAAGCUCAAAAGACCCAAGGUCAAGCUCAACAAAAAUGGAACUCUUAAAUGUUGUAAAUAGCUCAACUUUAAACAGUAAAUAAAAUAUGUUUGUAAAUAAUGAAAAAA